AAGAAACCUUGGUGAAUUUUUAUUAUUAAUUGGUUUCAUAAAAAGAAAAGAAAUAAUUAGAGAAAAAUAUCUUGCAUUGUUGAACACGAGUGUUACAUAGCACAGCUUUCUUUCUCCAUCACCCAUCGCCCACCCUCUAUCUCCGUUAUUCAAUCUCUUCUCUAUCGGCCAAGUCCUCGCCUUUCUUGCUUCACUAACUCAUCGGAGACGACCAAUUCCGUUUCACUAUAUACUAAGUAGUAGUGGGAUUACAGUUACUUCAUCAAGUUCAACGAUGGCAGUUCUCAAGUAUUGCAUUACAGUUACUUCAUCAGCAACACCCAUCUCUCCGGAUUCUGCAAACCCAGCUGUGCCAGACCCACGACAGACCAAAGUCAUUUUGCCCAAGAAGAAGGCCGUGAAAUGGUCCACUGGGAUGGCUCCGGGCGAGUAUGGUGGUCCACCGACCACCACUAAACUUCGCAAGUACUGGGGAGGUGAAGGAGAAGACCCUAUAACAUCUGACGAGUUUAUAUGGAACAAAGACUUCAUGAGUCGCAUGAAUAAAUUGAUUGAUGACUCUGCUUCUCCACCUCAACAACCUCCUGUUAAGGAAAAGCCUUCUGGGUUUCUCAGCAUUAACAGAGUCAUGCCUCUUGACAGUAUGGAGGUUGAUUUGAGUAAAGAACUCACAACUCCUACCAAGCGUGAGAUAGAGCUGCAAGUAGAGCCUACAACUGAGUUUAAAGCUAGCACGGUGACCAAAUGGAGACCAGCACCAACAAGGCGAGAGCAAGAUAAGUGGGAUAGAGCUGCGAAGGCUGCAACUGGAGGCACUGAAGCAAUGUUUCGGGAACUAAGGCAACCAAAAGGGGACCCUGCAGUUAUUGCUGCUCAAUCAAGGGAACAGUAUACUAAGUUAAAAAACAAAUUACAGAUCCUGACAGUGGGUGUAGGUGGUGUUGGUUUAGCCUCAGCUUAUGUUUCCUAUUCUCCUGAAAUUACAGCUAGCUUCGGUGCUGGUUUGAUUGGUUCUUUGGUAUAUAUGAGAAUGCUGGGAAAUACUAUUGAUUCCAUGGCAGAUGGAGCAAGGGGUCUUAUCAAGGGAGCAAUAGGACAGCCAAGGCUAUUGGUUCCUGUUGUAUUGGUCAUGCUCUUCAACCGGUGGAACGGGUUAGUAUCUUCGAUUUACAUGCUUUUCGUUGGCAGUUGGUUCAUGGUUUAUAACCAUUAUUUGGCCAAUUGGUUCCAUACAUUUUGUUGUGAUAUCAAAAUGGAGCAAGUUAUUACUCUUGUUUUUUCUCUUCAACAAUUUGUGUUUGUUGUGUAGGAUUCUUGUUCCAGAAUAUGGCUUCAUGCACUUGGAAUUGAUACCCAUGUUGGUUGGGUUUUUCACUUAUAAGAUUGCUACUUUCAUCCAAGCUAUAGAAGAAGCAAUUACGGUGGUUCAAAAUGACACAAGUACAUAAAUGUGGGCAAAGUUUCCAUUUUUACACAAUGUAUCAUAGUACUAUUUGUAUUUCAAACUGGCAUGAAUACAAAAUAUUUAUAGGAUAAA